CUAAACAAAGGAGAUUUGGUCAUCUCUUUCAAAUUUCAUAAAAGAAAUGUUGAGGUUAAGGGAAUAGCAUUCAAUGUAGGUGCGCUGGCUUGGAACAUGGGCUUCUUUUUCUUCCUUAAUUAGCCUAUUCAGAUUUUCUCUCUUACAAUUAAAUGGGGAAUAGAAAGUGUACCUACUCAUGGAAAAAACCACAGGGCGAAGCAUCCCAUCUUUUGUCACCUUCAAUCUCUUCCUUUUCUUCUAUUCCAGGCAAGGAAGAGUAAACCAUCUCUCUCUCUCUCUCUCUUAUAUAUCAAAGUCACAAGUCACUAACUUUCAAUUUUCAUCUUUCUUUUCAUUUCCUUCCUGUGAUUCUUAUCCACAAUGAGGAGCAUAGCUUCCUGUUACAAUGAACAUGCUAUUAAGGUGUCUGAUUCAUAUUGUUCAGGCCCUUCUAACCGGCCUUUUGGCUCACCAAAAUUGAUCCCUUCAAUCCCAAACUCAGUCACAUGUAUAUACAAAGCCAAGCUCUCAACCCAAAAGCAGGUCUUGAUCACUCUCACCUGGUGCAACAAACUUGUGGGGCAAGGCUUUAUCAUUAACAUCGGUGACAACAAGACUUCCUCACCCUCCAAAUUGAAUUCAGAUUCUCAGAGAUUGCAUGGCAAAAAAGGGUCUAAAACUUUCCAAUCUUGCAAUUCAAAGAUAGAAGUUUUCUGGGAUAUUUCAAAAGCUAGUUUUGUUGUGGGGCCAGAGCCGAUCAGCGGGUUUUAUGUCAUGGUUUUGGUUGACUCAGAACUUGGUCUAAGGCUAGGGGACAAUGAUCAAGAAUUGGACUUGAUCAAGAAACACAAAAAGGAAGAAACCCCACAUGCAAAAUCCUCUUUGGUUUCAAGGAGCGAGCAAUUUUCUGGUACUGCUAUAUGUUCAACCAAGGCACAGUUCUGUGACACAGGUACUACUCAUGACAUAUUGAUAAAGUGUGUUAGAGAAGAAGGGUCAAAGAGUCCCAUACUAUCUGUUUGCAUUGACAAUAAGAGGAUUUUCCAAGUGAACAGAUUAAGGUGGAAUUUUAGAGGGAACCAAGCACUUUUUUUAGAUGGAUUGCUGGUGGAUAUGAUGUGGGAUGUUCAUGACUGGUUCUUUAAUCCAAGUCCAACAUCUGGGUGUGCAGUUUUCUUGUUUAGAACUAGGAGUGGUUUGGAUAGUAGGCUGUGGUUGGAGGAGAAGGAUUUGGAACACAAGGAACAAGAAAGGGUUGGAUUUUCUCUGUUGAUCUGUGCCUUCAGAAGCUGCUGCUAUUGAAUAUGUUGGACAACCAUUGUAUUCACUGCAACAAGCAGAUUGGCGACAGCGAUGACCAGCCUUUGUCCUCCUAUGAUUUCAUAUAUCUUCCCAUUGAUUUCAAGUGAUUUUAUGACUAUUAUGCCUUUAAUGCGUAUAUUUGACCCUUUGAUUUCGAUAUUAGUUUAAUUUUUAAUGAAGAUUUUCUUUCUUGGCAUCUAA